AUGGCGGUCGUGGGGCGGGACUGUGCGGGAGGGCGGAAGUGGCUUACUCUGGGAGCACCCGGCGUGCGGAUGGCGCGACUCGGGCGCCGCGGUGCUGUGCCCGUGGGGCCGGCGGUGCCUGGGGGUCCUGGGCGGCCGCGGGGGCGGCAGCAGCAGGUGCGGGGGACGCCGCGCUCAGCGCCGUGUCCUGGGCCGCGCAGCAAAGAAAAGAAGCAGGUGAAUUGCAAGCCCCAGAACCAGGAUGAGCAGGAAAUCCCCUUCCGGCUGCGAGAGAUCAUGAGGAGCCGCCAGGAGAUGGGAAGUCGCGUCAGUAACAGAGAGAGGAGGAGACAAGCCCAGGUGGCCUUCAGGAAGACAUUGGAGAAGGAAGCAAAAGGGGCGGAGCCAGACAUCGCUGUCCCCAAAUUCAAGCAGAAGAAGUGGGAGUCUGACGGGGCCUACAUCCAGCGAAUGGAGCAGGAGGCCCAGCACGUGCUCUUUCUCAGCAAAAACCAGGUGGCGCGACAGCCCGAGGUGCAGGCGGCUCCCAAGAAGGAGAAGUCAGAGCGGAAGAAAGCGUUCCAGAAACGGAGGCUGGAGAGAAUCCGGCGGAGAAGGGAAGAGAAGGCAGCAGAGAGGCUGGAGCAGGAGCUGCUCCGAGACACAGUGAAGUUUGGUGAGGUUGCUCUGCAGCCCCCGGAGCUGACCGCCCAGCCCAGGACGAGCACAAGCCGGGACCAGCCUGGGAAGAAAUCGCUGAUGCUUAGGAGGCUUCUGAGCCCUGGCGGCGUGUCCCAGCCGCUGAGCACGUCGCUGGCCCGACAGCGGAUUAUCAGGGAGGAGAGAGAGCGGGCUGUGCAGGCCUACCGAGCACUGAAGCAGCAGCGGCGGCCGGGGCUCAGUCAACACAGCCAGCCCGCUCCCCGCACCUCACUUCCAGGAAGAAAGCAGGACGCGUCUGUGAUGGAUGAGCUUGCCAGGACCUCCUACGAUCUAUCAGAGCUGCCCCCCACCCUCGCCUACCUGCAGGACCACUAG